AUGUUAUCUAUUAACACUAUUAAAUCUUAUGCUAUUACUAUUUGUCAAGGAAAAUCGACUAUUUGGAGAAAAGUAACUGAAAAUGUUUUUUCCAAAGGUCAAGCUAAUAAUAUGUUGCCAAGCUAUAUUCGUGUGGAUGAUGUGAUCUGUAUGAACUGUUAUAACGGGAUUGUAAUUAACAGUUCAAUUGAAUUCCAACGGCAUGCUCAAGAGCAAUACAGGUUUGAGGAUAUUAGUGAAGCUAAUAAAGCCGAUGAUUUUCUUUUUUUUUCUCAAGUUGUAAAAGUCUUAACAGAUAUUUUGUACACCCGCGAAAAUCGAGAAAAAAAACCAAUGAUAUAUUCUUUUGAUGAAUUUCGGGAGAUUAUGGAAGGAGAGAAUAUAAGAUUAAAAUCUUUCUUUGAUAAAUUGUAUUUUUCAUCUAGCCUGUCUACAAAAAAUAAGAAUUCACAGAUAAGGGAUUUAACUAUGUAUUUAGAUUUUACAGGUGUUUCUGACACUACUUUAGAUACACUUUUUGAUUUAGGUACAACCAUUACAUCUCGUUCAAUUACACGAUAUAAGUCUGAUGCAUUUAAAGAACAUUAUAGGCUUGUUAAUGCUACACUUACUCAACAUAUAGAAAAGGCAAUG